UGGAUGAUGCAACUCACGAGCAAGCGAUCUUCCGCCAGGCGCGAGAUUAGACCGCCAGACUGCGACAGUUCUAUCCGGUGAAUUAAAAAGUGCUGUAAACCAAGGCACAAAACGCGUUCUUCGUUAAUGUGGGGUUAUGACUUCAUUUCAACAGUCAGAAAUGCCAACCGGAAACAAUGAUGUUUCGAGCACUGCUGGCUAGAGUUUUUUUAACUUUUAGAAAUGGAAAAUAAUUAUGUCAAAAUGGAGACACAUUUUUUUCUACCUCAGCAUACUAGAAUGAAGAAAUCCUCCGGAAAUGUCUCCGACAGAAAGGCCUUUUGUGCGGAGAGCCUACUAGAGACCGACAGCAAACCCAAAACGCAUGUGCAUCCGAAACACAACAAACUAAAACGAGCGAAAACACUAAAAAGAUCGGAGAAUUUGAGCGGCUGUGGAAACAACCCCACCUAUAUAACUGAGACCACCGAGUCCAGGUCGUUUUGUGAUGAUAUUCUGUAUAACCGUAAAGGAAAGCUGUUUACAGGUGCUGCAAUGACUACUAGCCGUAAAGACAAUUCACCAGAUCUUCCCACAGAGUGCGUAAGAAAGGAAGGCUUCAAAACCCCUGUGAAUUCUCAAACGGUUCAAAACGUUUCUCAGGUGCAAAAGGAUGGAUAUUUCAAAAGCAGUAAACUGACAUUAAAGAGGAUGAGUAUGCAGUUCACCCCCGUUCCUGCAGAGAGAGAAAGUGGCUCGAAUAGCAAAAGUCUAAAAGACAUUUAUGUUAGAGCUGAGGUGUUGUCCAGCUGUGUACGAAUAAACGCCAGUGGCAAGGACCUUUUAAUGGAUCAGCCGGUCACUGGACAAAUCCCAGAGAGCACGAAACAUGCUUGUGGUCAAGCCUUGGCUCUCAUCGGUCAUCCGGCUACUCGGAAAAUCUGUAGUGAAGCAACCAAUGACAAACCCCUCAGAGAAAUGAAGUCUGGAUGGAGAAAUGAAUUAGGCAAUGAAAGGAGAAGCGAGUUGCUGGAAGAGAUACAGAUACUCAAUUUGAAGUUUCCUGUCCACAGGUUCUUCUCUCUCCUCCUGAGGAAGAGAACUUCACCUAAGGAGGAUAUUUCUGCUUUGGAAGCAGCUGAAACUGAUGAUUCAAAGCAUCCUUCAGCUUCUGUCCAGAGAAAGAGAAAACAAGAGUUGGAGGAGCAGGCGCGGACGUGCAAACGUCACAGGACAAGCAAAGGCUGCGUUUCUGGUGAUAACUUGGAUUUUGAACAAUUCUCUGAUGAUUUGGCCCCCUCUCGUGCAAAGUACAGAAACAGACUGAGCCGAACAAAACACAGACGGCAGACUACGUUCUGUGCUGUAGUGAGUGAAUCUGUUCAUCAGGACCCAUGGCUUGGUCAUUUACGAAGAGAGGAUGUUCUCUGGACAGAUAAGUAUCAGCCUCAGCGGUCUAGUGAAGUCAUUGGCAACUCUGCAUCAGUAGAGCAACUACACGGCUGGUUGAAAGAAUGGAAAAUAAGAGCAGACACUGAGGUACGGAGAAAACGACAAGAUGAGAGGAGGAUGAAGAUUGAAAAUAGUAAUGAGUCAUGGGACUGUGGUGAUUUUGAAGGUGAUCGUGUAUCCGUAGACCAUGAGCAGGAGCUGUGUAACACAGUGCUCAUGAUUGGUCCAUCAGGAGUGGGUAAAACAGCUGCUGUGUAUGCCUGCGCACAAGAGCUGGGAUUCAAGGUGUUUGAGGUGAACAGCUCAGUCCAGCGCUGUGGGCGUCUCAUUCUCUCCCAGCUCACGGAAGCAACUCAAUCUCAUCAGGUGGACAUUCAGGAAAUAAAAACUCUCAAAUCUGAAAUCAUUAACCAAAGCAAAAUCAAACCUGAUCCACCUUGCAAGGAAGGUCAUCAUCUAAGGAAAACUUUAAGUUCUCCUAGCAUUUCCCGUCUGAGCACUAAACCACAGCCAGUAAAACUCACUCGCUUUUUCAAGUUGAGUAGCAAAAAGUCUGCAGGUAAAACCUCUGAUGAUCCUGAACAUUAUAUACACGAUGGGCUUCAGAGAUCCGUGUCUGGAUUUAAGAACAAUAGACGAGGUGGUCAAGAUUCAACAUGUCCUCCUAAAGGUCCUACUUCACUUGGACGGAGCCGAACAGUCCCCAUGUCACUUAUACUAUUUGAGGAGGUUGAUGUCAUUUUCCCUGAAGAUGUUGGAUUUCUUGCAGCUAUUAAGACUUUCAUGAGCACAACCAAAAGACCAAUAAUUCUGACAACCAAUGACCCUUCAUUUAGUGGAAGACUUAAGGGGCAUUUCGAUGAAAUUCAUUUCCAAACUCCUUCACUGGAAACCACCAGAAGCUAUCUGCAGUGUUUGUGUGUGGUGGAGAACAUGAGGACUGAUCCAGAGGAUGUGGCUUUUUGGCUGUGUCAGAAUAAGGGGGAUAUUAGACAGAGUAUUCUCCAACUUCAGCUCUGGGUCUGUAGUGGUGGGGGGAGCACAGAACUACAAACUCUCAAGAGCAUACUUAAAUGUGGAUCCUGGGCUGAGUUGGAAAACAGCAGGAAUCUGGAGGUCCUGGCAGAGAAAAUAGGAACAGGUCUACUAUACUCUAACAUUGAAAGUCUAUUUUCUCCUCAUUUCACUUCUAAAUCUUCUUGUCAGCAACAGUCAAUAAACCUUGAUGAAAAGACGAAAGGAGAAAAGCCAAUCGAAGGCUUAAUGUUACAGAACUUCACAAAUGCACAUGAGGUUGGACCAGAUAGACUCUCCACAUGCAAAAGAAAAAAAUAUUUAUCAUCUUGUGAGCCAAAAACCUUUUUGAACCCACAUUCAACCUCACAUCUCAAAUGUUUCUCUUUGGAUGCAUCUUACAAGUCUUCAGUCCCUUCAAAGCAAACUAAAUCUUUGGCUUCUGAAACAGAUGUCCAUGGACAAGAUGAAUCACUCUUGCUGGUUUUUGCAAGUUUUUUUGAAAAUAUGUCUUUUCUGGAUGCUUAUUUACAAAGACCAUCUUUCAGAGGAGCUGGAUUUUGUAAGUCAGAACCUCUUGGUUGGUUGGGUGCCACGUUAAAGGACGGUUUAUUAGACUUACCAAGAGAGGAGCAGAUUGGACAAUGUUUUAAAAAUUCAUCACAGAUAUUAGCCAUUGUGGAAGGUUUGGCUUUCCAUCAGUGUCGGACUGAACUCUCUAGGAUCUUGAUGGAAGCCGCGAGACUGAGGAAAGAAUCGUCUUUAGAGAGAUUAGAACAAAUGGUUUGUGCUCCGUCUCUACCGUCUGACCAAAAACCCCUCAGAAUGUGUCGAUGCAAAUUCUGUGAACCUAGUGGUGUGCAGAAGCGCAGUGAGGUUUUAUCUAAUCUGAUCUCCAGCAACAAGUUCUGUCGUCGUUGUACUAAAUAUGUUCUUUCGAUGGACUACCUGCCCACUAUGCGCUCAAUCUGCAGAGCUGAGAAAGUUACAGAACAGCGCUCAUUGAGACAUUCACACUACCUCUCGAGCCUUCACCUGCCCAGACGCUUGCUGGAAUUCAUGGCCUUGGAUUUCCCUUGAUUGUUUGACAUACCGCUUAGGAAAAUCCUACAUGACUUCUAAACUGUUACUUGUUUGUUGAUUUGUAGAGUCACAGAAUAUAUUUGUGAUAGAUCAUUUAUUCUAAGCAAAUAAAUAUAUUUAAAUUC